UUUAGUUUUUAUCAAGGCUCGAGCGUAGCAGCGAGCCAGAUGAGCCGUUUAAAUGCAGCUGGGGCUAAAUCAGCCACACACACCCGCGGCUUUUCUGAGAAGAUGCCCUGUCUUUUAACUUUUUAACCACCUCUCCUUCCCCCCAGCGCUUUUAAGCCUGAGAGGAGACUGGAAUGGUUUCGGAGGAUGGAAGCGGACGACGUGUCGGUUAGAGAGCAACUUUUCCACAACCGAGUCCGGGAGACGAUAAUCUGUGUGCUCCUGUUUACAUGCCUUUACAUAGUGUCCUACCUCAUACUUACCCACUUCAAGAAGACGGCCGAGUUUGUCACAGAUGAUAUUGAAGAUGCCACCGUCAACAAAAUUGCGCUGUGGUUGUGUACGUUCACCCUCUCUGUUGCCGUGUGUGCUGUACUCCUUCUCCCCAUCUCCAUUUUGUCCAAUGAGGUGCUGCUCACCUUCCCACAAAGCUACUACAUGCAGUGGCUCAAUGGAUCUCUCAUCCACGGUUUGUGGAACCUAGUUUUCCUUUUCUCCAAUUUGUCUCUGGUCUUCCUCAUGCCCUUUGCCUACUUCUUCACGGAGUCUGAGGGAUUUGCAGGGUCCAAAAAGGGGGUAAUGGCACGAGUAUAUGAGGCAGUUGUGCUGCUGUUGCUCCUGGCACUGCUUGUGCUGGGCAUUGUGUGGGUGGCAUCAGCCCUCCUCCAUGACAACAUAGCCAGGAAGAGCCUCUACGACCUGUGGGAGUAUUACCUUCCAUACCUGUACUCAGGCAUAUCUCUGUUUGGAGUGUUGCUGCUUUUGUUGUGCACUCCCUUUGGGUUGUCCCGAAUGUUCAGUGUAACUGGCAGCCUACUGGUCAAACCACGGUUAUUUGAAGAUGUAGAAGACACUCUGAGCUGCACCACAUUUGAGGAAGACUCACUCUCGAGGAAACUGAACUGCGGCAGUACGUCAUGCUGGGUCAAGCUGAACAUGGAGGCGAUGAAAAAAGAGUACCAAACGGUCCGGAGCAAGCGGAUCGCACUGGAGAUGCGUAGGAAAGCGUCCCCGUGGCAGCGAAACUUGGGCUAUCCACUGGCCAUGCUCAUGCUCCUCGCACUCACGGUGAUGUGUGUCCUGAUGGUCUGUUUCAAUGUGUUGGAGUUGCUCCUGGAUGAGACCGCUAUGCCCAGAGGAAUGGAGGACCCUCACCUGGGAAUGGCCUCCUUCUCUAUGUUCGGCUCACUUGGCGCUGCAGUUCAAGUAGUCCUCAUCCUCUACCUUAUGGUAUCCUCAGUGGUGGGUUUUUAUAGUUCUCCUCUCUUCACUAGCCUCCUGCCUCGAGCACAGGACACAAACCUCACACAGAUAAUUGCAAACUGUGUGUCACUGCUUAUCCUGAGCUCUGCACUACCAGUCUUUUCACGCACACUCGGGAUCACCCGCUUCGAUCUACUGGGAGACUUCGGUCGGUACAACUGGCUCGGGAACUUUUACAUUGUCUUCCUGUACAACAUGCUGUUUGCUGGUCUCACCUCUGCCUCCCUGAUCAAGACGGUCACCUGGGCAGUUCAGAGAGAGCUCAUCCGUGCCUUUGGUCUCCAUAGACUGCCUUUAACUGUGUCACGCUCCACCGUCCCCUUCAGACUCCUCCUGGCCAGUGGACUUUCUAAAAUCCAGUGACUUCUCCUCCUCACCACUGCCAUCCCUAACCUUUAGAAACUGAGCCUCUUCAAAUGUGCACCUAUUGGAUUAAAUGCAUUUGCAGAUCAUCCAUUUGCCAGUUGGUACAUAGGUCAGGUCGCUCCGCGUGAAGAGACUGGAGAAGGUGACGAGUCUGUCUGCGUCUGUCCAGUGGGACCUCCGCUUAAAGCUGGUUUAAUGACCAAUUUAUCAGGGUCCAAAUUUGUGCAGUUAUUUGACUGCAAAGACAAGUACUGGUACAAGCAGUUAGCUGAGUUGUGGUUAUGACUGGAACAAGGGGGAAAAGGAUUACAGCCAUAUUGGCAGUUCUGCCAUAGAGGCCAAUAACAGAGCAGCCCCCCCCCGCCCCCCCCCCGCCAACCUGAUGCCUUAUGAAAAGAGGAUACGUUGGAUAGCCGUUGCUCUGUUGACACAUGUGAAAGUCAGCAGAGUUAUUUUGAAAUAUUACAUUGUCGCUGUGACAUAAUUUCCUCUUCCUGCUUCAGGUCGAUUGAGUGCUCUCUCUUUCUUCGUGGCUUCCCCACGCUUUCCUCUCUUAGGUUGUACCACUAUUUUAAGAUUGGGAAUCUUACUUCCAUGCGUUUGGCGACCCAGUCUGCACCAGUGUUACGUUAGUAAAUGAGAGGAAGUUGUUAUUGGGAGCAAAUAGGACACAGAGUACCUUGUCUGUGGAUCUUCAGGUUACACAGGGAAUAUAUGAGAGUGAGGUUGUAGCCUGAGUGUUUGGGCUCUUUUAUAAACCGACUGUACUCAUAGGAUUAAGAGCAUUUUCUGUGGUGAUUUAUUAUUGAGCAGGGUUUUUAGUUUUUGAAGGUGACGGUAAGCUUACUGACAACCAGUCUACGAUUUACAAAAACACACUUAAAAGAAAGCUUUACUUUGUCUUAUGCAAGACCUUUGAAUGCCAUGUGACACUCACUAGGAGGAACUUCUGCCUUAGACCAAUCAAACUGUGAAUUAUUAAGAAUUUGUGUGGGGGAAGUGCAAUAUUUUUGAAGUAAAAAGCACACUUUUUAACUUUACCAAAAGUAAUUUCUAGAUUUUCUGUUUGCUUAUUAUUCCUUUUCUGUGAAUUGUCUUUUUUUUUUUUUUUUUCCAUCUCAUUUGUCUUUGUUGGACAUCAGGCGAAAGCUUAAAAUAGUGUCGUAAUAUUUUCAAAUAGCAAAUGUGACUAUCAAUCCAUGCAAUCUUUUCUGGUGUCAGUUUUUAAUACUUUAAUAACCUAAAUUCUGUCACGUUUCUCAGCUGUAUCUCAUCAUUCUCAAUGUGUUGGUGAUCCUAUGUCACCGUUUCCCAUUGCUGCUGUAUCAGCAGGUUAUUAUCUGUUGGCUUGACCAGCAGAGGACAGUGUCUCUCAAACCCCAACAUCAGCCUCAGUGUUGUGUGAGGUUCUCUCCCUCUGGUUAGUUUAUUAUAUAUAUUAUAUAUUGAGCACUCUGAGGUUUACUCAUUUCACUUUUUCUGGGAAUUUUCUUUUGUUAUUUUUUGGGAACACAAAGUUUAUAAUGUGCUGUUUAUACCAUUAUUUAUGGGCAUUCUGGGAUCUAUACUUCACAUUUAACGUCAUUACUCUUAGGAUUUUUAACAGGUGUUAAACAUGUUGAAUGUGAUACAGUUGAGACAAAAAGUCUUUAGAGUUGUUCUCAAAGAUGAAAAAAAAAAAGUGUUUACUGUUUACUUUUGAAAUGCUCUGAUGUUUCAGAUUUUCUAACCAUCAUGGUUUUAUGAGCAGAAAGCAAUAAAAAUGUCUGUGUUUUUAA